GCGGGAGGGUUGUGGGGGAGCGGGGUUUGCUUGGCGCUCUCGUCCGGGCCGGCUCUGCCGGCGCCUAUGGCGGCGGCACGGAGCUGCAACGGGUACGCACGGCGGGAGGGACCGCCCUCCCCCACGCUGGGCACCGAGAAGCCGCGUGUGUCCGCCGGUAGCGGCGGCAGCGGGGACGGGUGGCGGGGCGAGCGGCCCCGCAGCGAGGAGGACAACGAGCUGAGCCUGCCCAGCCUGGCGGCCGCGUACACCACCAUCCUGAGGGCGCUGGGCGAGGACCCCGAGCGGCAGGGGCUGCUGAAGACGCCCUGGAGGGCGGCCACCGCCAUGCAGUUCUUCACCAAGGGCUACCAGGAGACCAUCGCGGAUGUUCUGAACGAUGCCAUCUUUGACGAAGACCACGAUGAGAUGGUAAUUGUGAAGGACAUAGACAUGUUCUCAUUGUGUGAGCAUCACCUCGUUCCAUUUGUUGGAAAGGUACAUAUUGGCUAUCUUCCUAACAAACAAGUACUUGGCCUCAGCAAGCUCGCUAGGAUUGUGGAGAUAUACAGUAGAAGACUACAAGUCCAGGAACGCCUUACCAAACAAAUUGCAAUAGCCAUCACAGAAGCCUUACAGCCUGCUGGAGUUGGAGUGGUGAUCGAAGCUACGCAUAUGUGUAUGGUAAUGCGUGGGGUACAGAAAAUGAACAGUAAAACUGUAACCAGCACAAUGUUGGGGGUAUUCCGGGAAGACCCAAAGACCCGUGAAGAGUUCUUGACACUCAUCAGGAGCUGAAACUGUUAUUCUCUAAAUGCACUCUGGAGGUCGUUCUGUCCAGUGUCGCCGUCUGUUCUUACUUGUUCCUACGUCACACUCUUAAAUUAAAUCGUCGUGAGUUGUUGUCAUAGUCUUUGUUCAGUAAAAGACUUGUGAUGGCAAAUGAAAAAUGUAAUGAUGAGGUUGGCUGCUCCUGGAUCUCCAAUUGUGCUGAUAUUGCAGAACUACAGGCUAUCAACAGGGGGUUGAAUAUGGUUCUUUACACCUACCGUGCAGAGUAUGCUGCUGUGAGGGGGAAAGCGUGCUUUGGGAAUGAAAUGGAUAUUUAUGAAAUAAUAAUGUUAGUGGAAUAAACGUGGUGCAGCACAGGAAGCAAACGGCUGUGGAUCCUUGUAGGACCACUUAAUGCUGCCAAUACUGUACCUUUGGUGAGGAAGAUGGUUCUGAAUUGUCUCUGGGUGCACAUUAUUACAAGUCCUGCAGUGGUUUUUUCAGUGUCUGGAUAUGUCUGUUAUACCUCUUUGAGAUGUUACCUCUGGUGGUGUUUUAUAUUCUUGCUAGUAUUAACUCUAUUUGUCCUACUUGAGAAUUUAAAACACGUUUUUCCUAACCUCUUAACAUGCAGGGAAUUGACUUCUAAGAAAUGAUUUGGAACGCAAUUUUAUCUCAAUAUAUAAAGGGUUUUAUGCACCUUUCUCUCUGUGCCUCAGGAUGUCUCGCCACUUUAACUGUCAGUUUGCUACUAUUUUUAAGCAAACUCUCAUGGGGUUUUGGGAGGAAGACCCAGAAUUUGUCUGCAAAGAGCUAAGAUAUCCAAAGAGGUAUUUUUUCCUAGCUUUAAGUUUUCCCCCUUGGAUUUCCAUCAGUUAGACUGAGAAGCUAGAUCUGGUUUGAUCUCAACAUGAGAAUUUCUCUCCAAGCAUUCUGAGGUUUGCAUCAUGAACGUUGGACCAAAGGUGAGCACUGAAAUCCUGAGCAGAUCACGUAGUGUUUCUGCCUGAUGGCAGUUCAUUCCGGGGCAAAGCAACCUGAAAUUACAGCUUAUUUCAUAAGAGCAAUUGAGAAAAGCAUUUCCAGGGGGCGUCAAAAUGAAUUAAACUGCAGUUUUCUGUCUAUGUGGCAAGCUCUGUAUGUGGCAGCAUCGGUACAAAAAGUUUCAGGCAGCUGGACUGGGUUGAACUUCUUAUACUCUGUUACGAUUUUAAUGGGAGUUGUGUAACUCAUAAUUGGGAAAACAUGAUGUGCAAAUGAAAACCACCCUCCUUAAACUAAGGACAGGAGACAAAAUAAAGACAAUGCCAGCUGUGGUGUGGGAUGCCUGCAGUGCAGGUCCCCAUAGUCACCCUGGCUUUGCUGAAUAUGAAUCCCAAGAUGUUCAGCUAACCUGAACUGUAGUUCCUGGUUGGCAAGUUAGACCUGUUAGGUGCUACAGAACUGUCUGCUAUCAUGAACAAGCUGUGCUGCACACUUACAAAAUAUACUAAUUCUAUGGCUUCAGUUCUCCUUAUUGACAGACAGCAGAUCCUGCCACUCUCAAGUUCAGCGUUGGUUUCACACAUCCAGGUGAAAAGCCUUAAGUCUUUCUUGCUUGAAGUUCCAUGUAAAACUCUCUCCUUUUUAGGUUGGAAGGAGAACUUGGGGACCAAAGAGGUGCACAAAAAUCUAUUUGUUUCUCUCUGCUUGCUUUAGUUGUUUGAAGUUAAGGCUUUGUAAAACACAAUCUUACUCCUGAGGUAGUGGAAUGGUUGUGUUUUAACCACUUAUCUCUAUUCAGGAUAAAGUUCAUAUUUCACCACUGCUGUUUUUUAUUUCCAUGUGACCUGUAGUCUUUAAAACAUACCUCUAUACUUGUGGCCUUGGAUUUUGUUCCCCUAUUUGUUGUAAGACUUUUUUUUUGGAACAUGUCAAAUACAUCAGCUUUAAUGACAACCAGUGUGUAUAUACAUGUAAUACCUACAGCCUGCCGUUGUACCACAUCAGUGUCCGUUGUCUCAAAAACAUUCAUUGUUUCAAAAACAUUAAAGCACAGUAUUAUCCUUUGGAGUGGUAGCAUCCUUGGUGACUGGCAGGUGAUGGCAUCACAGGCUGAGGUGGGUGGUGGUGUCAUAAAGUCAUCACCAAGGUUGGAAAGACCUCCCAAGAUCAUCCAGUCCAACUGUCCACCUACCACCAGUAUUUCCCUGUAGUUUCAGUGCUUGCAAGUGCUCCAGCCUCCUAACAGUGAUGUUCAGUAUCUCUUCUGAAGUAAAUUUCUGUGUGUUGACAGAGCAACAGAAAAAAAAAACAACUCCAAAAUCAUCUUCCUUCAAGCUCAGUGCAACCUUCCUCAUUCUGCUCUUCAGUAUCAGAGGAUUCAGCUACAGGAAGAGGGGAAGCAGUGGCUGCUCUGGAGGAUGUUGUGUGCACUGGGCUUCAUGUGGGCAUAGAGUCCUUUUGAGGACUGAAGCCCUGUUGAAGGCAUUGUUGGAGUCUCUCCAUAGACUCUGUCCUUGACUCGCCCAGCUGGAGCUGAGCAUUUUGGGCUUGAAACUCGAUGAUCAUUGCGGUCCUUUUCCAACCCAGGCCAUUCUAUGAUCUGAUGGGGAGGAUGCAGUAGUGAGUUCUGCUGCCCCAUAGCCAGUGAAAUGAGCAAGAGCUACCAGGGAUGAGCAUUUUAAAUGCUCCUGUGCUCAGUUUGCCCAAAUGAAUAUAUCCUAACAGCAGAAAGGAUGCAGGUGUGAUCAAAUCUUGAGGAUGGAGUCUUGUGCUUUAUCUUGGCUGAGUCAGCCCAGUGUGUACCAUGUAAGCAGCGAGCUCAGCUGGUGCCAGCAGCUGCUCCUGCAGGAUAGGAAGGCUGUGCUAAAGGAACUGGCUCUGGUGUCCUCAUGGGAUGCAGCUACCUCUGAAAUUCAGGGAUGAAUCCUUGAAAAUAAUAAAAAAAAACUUGCAAGAACCAAGAGACUGGAAGGGAUGGUAAGCCUAGAUGAGCAAAUGGGAGGAAGAAGAAGGAAUUAAAUGCUUUUAAGGAAGUCACCAUCACUUUAUGAAUCUCUCAUCUACAUCUCUGUGUCAAAGCACGGGGUCAAACAGAUGAGGGUGAGAAAAGGCACUCAGAAAUUUUGGGGCUACAGGCGAUGGGGGAUCUACUGGGUGCAGCCAGCUUGGUGGGUGAGCUUUGUGGUGGCCACAAACAGAGGAGUGAUGAAUGGGAAGGCCCUCCAGCCUCGUGUGUUUCUUCUGAGGAGCCUGUCCUGUUUGGAAAUGGCUCUCAUGGGAAGCCUCAGAGCAUUUUUAAGAAUUGCCUUUGUUGUGAAGUGGAGUUUCUGUUCUCGUUGUGGUUGCGUGUUGAAGCUGGUGGUUAUGGUGGGAAACAGCCUUUUGGGCAAAGCAGAUGCUUCUGCAAGAGAUUUUCUAUUCCCUGCCUUGAAAACAAAGCAAAACAGAAACAAACCCAACAGUGUGGGAUUUGAAAGGAACCUCCCUGGUUUUGUAAUCAUGUGAAAUUCUGUUUUCAUUGAGGUGAAACAAAUUGCUUGAAAGUCUACGGCUCAGAGCCCAGAGGAGAGAGCUGUGGUGGGGUCACCAUCCCUGGAGGUGCUCAGUGAGCGUGGAGAUGUGGCACUGAGGGACGUGGGCAAUGGGGAUGGGUUGGGAAUGGGGAUCUUAGAGGUCAUUUCCAAGCUGAAUGAUCCUGGUGGCUUUACGUAGCCAUCACAAUCUUCCAGCAGCUCGUAGUUGCUUAAUGAGCUCGGCUUGCUCAAUUACACAGCCUCUGCUUUCUGCCCCUGCUGUCUCUGUGUGGUUAUCAGCGUUGGGAAAGACACUGCCGUCAGCUCUGCCCUUUGAGCUUUGGCUAAACCCUUCUGCUGAACUCUUGGAAAUAACCUUGCUGCAAAGCCUGCCUUCCAGUUGUAUUUAAAGCUGCGGUCACGGUUUGGUAGUUGAGAGGAUAUGAAACAUUAAAGUUCUUUUUAAUAAGUUUUGGGCCGUGCUGGUAACAGGGACAUCAGUUAAAUCAUCAUGCACAACAUCAUAGCCAAAUUUUGCUGUAAUAACCCCAAGGAUAUCAAGGUUUGGUGGGCUUUUUUGAUCAGCUUUAUGCUGUGAUUUUGAUGUUGGGAUAUUUCAGAGGAGGCUUUACCUUUCCAUUUGCAUUAUGAUCUGAUGGCAACAGUGGAGCAAAAGCUAAAGAUCUGUCAUAAGAGCAGUUGGAUUAUACAGGUCCAUUUAAAUAACGGCAGUGAGGCACUGCACAGCCUGCCCAGAAAGGUGGUGGUGCCCCAACCCUGCAGACACCUGAGGUCAGGAGAUGGGCUGUGAGCACUGAUGGAGCUGUGGGUGUCCCUGUGCAUUGCGGGGAGUGGGACCUGAUGGCCUUGAAGGGUCCUUUCCAACUCAAACCAUUCUGUGCUUCUGUGAUCCACCAAACUAUUUUAAAGGUGCUCGGGCAAACCAGAGUGUAGGAGGCAGGGUUCAUCCUUUAGCCAUAAAUAUUGCAGGUUUGGGGGUCUGUGGAGAAGUUAAUUAUUGGGAGGCAAAAAAAAACUUCAGCCCAAACAUCUGCCCCAUUGGUAUCACCUUUAUAACACACCUGUGGGGUGCGUUUGCUUUUCAAGUCACGUAAGGUUACAGCUUAGAGCUGUGUUAAUGCUUUCCAUUGGGACCUGAAUUCAGAAGCCUGGGGGGGGGGGUUCAGCCCAGGGCUGUGCACAUCUGGCUGGGUCCUCCUUCCCAUCACUGCUCACAAGGGAGGUGAGCUGGAUGGAGGGAGGUGUUAGCACACGGGGAUGGCAGGGAUGGAGGAAGGAAAGAAAGGAGGACAGGAAAGGCUGUUGCAAUAAAGGAAAAUGAGUCGGGCCGUGGACACCCUGUCCCCUCAGCUUGGCGAUGCUCAGGCUGCUGCUGCAGCCCUGGUCACACAUCAACACCCUGAGAUGCAGAAAUAGGGCUGGGAGGAGCAGGCUCGGCAGCAGCACAGUCUGUGGCUCCCUCUGCUGAGCCCAGCCCCAUCUCCAUGAGCUGCAGGCCUCCAGAACAGCCGUAUUUUCUGUACAGAAGUGGGAACUGUGGCUGAGCUGGUGAUGCGCCCCCAGCUGAGCAGGGGCAGAACUGUGGGCAUCUCCUGCUGCAUGCCACCAGGACCCUGCCCCCAAACUGCACAGAGAUGGGGGCUGCUGAUACAAACAGACAUUAGCAUCCACCCGGGCACCUUGCUGGGGUGUGCAGGGCAGCCUUAUCUUAACAAGGCUGCAAACGCUGCCGGUGUGGAGACGCAGAGAUUUAUGGCACCCAUUCAGGCUGGCAUAUGGCAGGUAGUCCUUAUCUAUCUGCCUUUCCCUGUGGCAUUCAGAGGCCAAUAAAAGGCUGUUCCUGGCCUGCCAGCACCCCAAGGCAUGGGGCAUCUGAGGGCAGACCCGCUGUUCCCCCACUCUGCUUCCACCUCCCAAAGAUGCCAGCGCCCGCCUUGUGUUACAGAGCUAUUUGCAGCUCCCUUUGCUGGUGGGCAGGCAAAGAAAAAUAGCUUGGAGACUGCUGAGCCCAGCAGUGAGGUCACCCCUGGUGCUGCCAAAAAGCUCUGCAGAGCCACAGCCGCUCCUGCAGCCCCACGUUGGGUGCUCCAUCUCCUUUGGGACUUGGCAUUGCUCCUAAGGGCAUGGCUCUCCAUUAGGAGGAGGGGACGAAGGCUGUGAUGUCAUGUCCCUGCUGCCAGCCCUGUGCUGGUGUUAAUUAUUUCCUCUAACUCAAGGAUCUCACCUGGAAAAGCCCUCUUUACCCAUAUUAAACUUCCAAGCAAUGGGAAAUCCCUGCCUGGUGCUGGCAAGGGGUUGUAGUCUUGUUGUUAAAUAGGAAUUCUUUGCACCUGCAUGGAGAUUUUGUGUUUAGAACACAGAAGGACAGGAGCAGGGGGUUGGAAUUAGAUGGUCCCUCCAACCUCAACCAUUUUCUGGUCUGCAAUUCACUUUGAGCAGCUGGGCAUGGGCUGCUCGGGCAAACCAGAGUGUAGGAGCAUGGCACCAGGGCUGGAACAUGGCACAACCCCAGAUCUCAGAUCCUCGGUUGCUGGGGGGGCUGAUCCACGUCACCAUCUCCCAGCAGCAUGGAAAUAGUUCUUUGCUUUUCCUUUUUUAAGCCUCUUUCCAGUGAGCCCAUCAGCAGGACCUGCAGACGUUUCCUAACCGCACGGCUGCUGCAGACUUCCCCUGGAGCCCUUUCAGCCUUUCCAGCUCCAAUUUUCCAUC